ACCUGGGCGCCUCCUCCGAGCUAGUACCUGCACCGGGCGCUCAGACCAUGGCUCCUUGGCCUGAGUUGGAAAAUGCCCAGCCGGACCCCGGCAAAUACAUCGAAAGGGGUUCUGGCCAGCAGGCCCCCACAGCUGAGAAUGGCAAGGAUGCCAGUCACAAUGACGCCGGGACCCCUGUGACCAAGAUUGAACUUCUGCCAGCGUACUCCACGGUGGCACUGAUAGAUGAGAUCGCAGAGGAAGACGAUCCCUGGGACCUGCCUGCACUCCAGGACUCGGGGGUCAAGUGGUCAGACAGAGACACCAAAGGGAAGGUCCUCGUUGUCUUCCAGGGCAUGGGGAAGUUCAUCUUGCUGCUGGGCUUCCUCUACCUGUUCGUGUGCUCCCUGGAUGUCCUCAGCAGUGCCUUCCAGCUGGUCGGAGGCAAAGUGGCAGGGCAGUUCUUCAGCAAUAACUCCAUCAUGUCCAACCCCGUGGCGGGGCUGGUGAUCGGGGUGCUGGUGACCGUCCUGGUGCAGAGCUCCAGUACUUCUUCGUCCAUCAUCGUCAGCAUGGUGGCCUCCUCAUUGCUCACGGUGCGGACCGCAAUCCCCAUCAUCAUGGGAGCCAACAUCGGGACCUCAAUUACCAACACCAUUGUGGCGCUCAUGCAGGCCGGGGACCGCAAUGAGUUCAGAAGGGCCUUUGCGGGGGCCACCGUCCAUGACUUCUUCAACUGGCUCUCUGUGCUGGUGCUCCUGCCCCUGGAGGCUGCCACCCACUACCUCGAGAUCCUCACUGACCUCGUGGUCAACUCCUUCAACUUCCAGAAUGGGGAGGAUGCCCCGGCACUUCUGAAAGUCAUCACAGACCCCUUCACAAAGCUCAUUGUCCAGCUGGAUAAAGAUGUUAUCAACCAAAUUGCCAUGAAUGAUGAAUCAGCCAAAAACAAGAGUCUGGUCAAGAUUUGGUGCAAAACUCUCACCAACGUGACUCAGAUGAAUGUCACCGUCCCCGGGCCCGAGAACUGCACCUCCCCUUCCCUCUGCUGGACAGAUGGUUUGAACACCUGGACCAUCAAGAACGUGACCCACAAGGAGAACCUGGAGAAAUGUCGUCACAUCUUUGUGAACUUCAACCUCCCGGAUCUGGCUAUUGGCAUCAUCCUGCUGAUCGCCUCCCUCGUGAUUCUCUGCGGCUGCCUGAUCAUGAUUGUCAAGCUCCUGGGCUCCGUGCUCAAGGGGCAGGUGGCAGUUGUCAUCAAGAAGACCCUCAACACUGAUUUCCCCUUCCCCUUUGCCUGGGUCACCGGCUACCUGGCCAUCCUCGUGGGCGCAGGCAUGACCUUCAUCGUGCAGAGCAGCUCUGUGUUCACAUCUGCCAUGACCCCGCUGAUCGGUAUUGGUGUGAUCUCCAUCGAGAGGGCAUAUCCGCUCACCCUGGGUGCCAACAUUGGCACCACCACCACCGCCCUUCUGGCCGCCCUGGCCAGUCCUGGCAACACCUUGAGAAGUUCAAUCCAGAUCGCCCUGUGCCACUUCUUCUUCAACAUCUCGGGCAUCUUGCUCUGGUACCCCAUCCCCUUCACCCGCCUGCCCAUCCGCAUGGCCAAGGGGCUGGGCAACAUCUCCGCCAAGUACCGCUGGUUUGCAGUCGUCUACCUGGUCGUCGUCUUCUUCCUGAGCCCGCUGGCUGUGUUUGGCCUCUCGCUGGCUGGCUGGCAGGUGCUGGUGGGCGUGGGGGUGCCCAUUGUCCUGGGCAUCGUGCUGAUAGUGGUCAUCCGGCUGCUGCAGUCCCGCUGCCCCAGCGUACUGCCCAGCAAGCUGCGGAGCUGCAGCUGCCUGCCGCUGUGCAUGCGCUCGCUCAAGCCCUGGGAUGGCGCAGUCACGGUGCUCACCACCUGCUGCCAGCGGCGCUGCUGCUGCUGCUGCCGCGUGUGCUGCCGGGCCUGCUGCCUGCUCUGCGGCUGCCCCAUGUGCUGUCGCUGCAGUAAGUGCUGUGAGGACCUUGCAGAGGAGCCGGACGUCCCCAUCAAGGUCUCUGGGGACAUGGGAAAAGAAGGCAAGGAUGGGGCCCGCUGCUCCCCAGUGGAUGCCCUGGGCACAAAGAUUGUCUCCAGCAGCACCGCCCUGUAGGGGGCGCCCUGAUGCCUCGGGCAGACUCCCUGAGGCCACACCUCCAGGCUCCUGCAAGCUCUGCAGGCCUUGCUCCACCAGGGACUUGUGCCCCAUUGGAAAGACUUGAUCUCAGUCCCAACUUUCACCCUGAAUUCAGUCCCCAUUGCCAGGAGUUUUUAUCUCACCCCCUGCACCUGGGCCUUCCAGGUCAGGAAGGUGCAGUGCAGGCAUGAGAAUCAGAUAGUAGAACUGGGUUCCAGAGAUGUCACACCAGCCCUACACCCUGCCGGGAGUGGGGGCAGGUGCACCCCCUUGCAGUCUCAAAACAUCCUUUUCUGAAGGUUCACUUUGGGGAGGGAUUUAUGAAUGGUUCCCCAAGGUGUCAAAUGUGUCAAAUGUGACUGCGUCCAAGUGAAUGUGUACACAAGUGCAUUUCUUUGUUGCACUAAAGCUCAGACAUCUCUCUCCUUUACCAAAGACUUGUUUCAGUCAGGAGCCGCUGCUCCCAGCCCAACGCAGCUCAGGGGAAAUUGUGCAAUUGCUGGGAGGCCUGGAGAAGACAGCAGCUGUGGGCUUUCCCAAUGCCCUUCCCUCCCCCCCCCAUGAUCUGCUCACCUGGGCAGGUCUGACUAGCCAAAGCAGUUCACCUGCUGGAUCUUCACUGGAGUUUCCAGGAUGGGAAAGUCAUACUGAGCUACGGGGCUUUUACACCUGCUUUGCUCCGUUUGUCAUCCCAUGUUCCUGAGAGGGGUCCUUCCUGAGCUGAGCACGUACAGGGUGUGGACCAGGGCAGGGUGGGCACUGGGCAGAGAUAUUUACCUGCCCAAAGGACUCAGGUUCUUCUUAAUUUGGCUAAGUUAGACAUCAGACUGGUAGUUGCAGCUAAGGCUCAGAGUUAUCCCCUUGAUUAGAUUAUCCUCUUAGUCCAUAGGUCUAAGAGGUGGGUCCUUCUUGCCCCAGAUACCUCCCAUGUGCCUUCUAGAACCCCCUGGUCUGUGUACACUCCUCUCUCUACUGUCAGCACCCUCACUGAUCCCAAUUUCCCUGGUGUGUCAUUUCAGCUGUGGUGGUGGUCCCUCUACCCCCCGGACCCUGUCCUCCCCAUCAAAGGCCCCAAACAGAGCCAUCUAGGCUCCAUGUUUAUAGGCAGGCACCUGUACGGUCUUCUGCAAAUUAUCUGCUAAUAGUCAUGUGAUUUGUGCGUUGUAGUGCUUCCACUUGGAGACAAGGCCGGGUUCUGCUAUAAAAUGUAAAUAAACACCCCCCCACACUUGUACAUUUUGUAAUACAGCCUUUUCAACAUGCCUCUGAAGCCAUGCCCACACCGCACUGUAAAUUAAAUACGUCAGUUAAGCCUGG